AUGAAAACAGGACGGUCAAAAGGAAUGUUAAAACUUGUGAAAGAAACAAGCGAAAAUGUACAAAUUACGAGUUCUACUCAUGAAGAGUGCUUUGAUGAGGAGGACUGCAUACCAGGGACUCCAGAUCUGUCACCUUUUCCUCAACCGAUUACUCCAGCUAUUGAUAAUAACGGGCAAACACCUAUCCCAUCACCAGCAAAAAUCCAUGGUGAAGUAUGUAACGAUUUUCCUGGCCCUAAUCCCGAUGAUGCAAGCUAUAGCAACUGUCCGUCAAACAACACAGCUGUGUCUUCUUGCCAGUCGUCUCCAGUGCCUCUUAUUCGAUGUAGAGGUGAUACAAUAAAGAAGAAGUGGAAAAGUAUGAGGGAUGGAUACAUUAAAUAUAAAAAGCAAUUAAAAGGAACAACACGGAGUGAAAGAAAAUCUAUUAGCUUCAUGUGGUCUGCGCAACUAUCGUUUUUGGAUAGUGGUAUUAACCCCAGAGGAACUGCAUCUAACGUUUCUGGAGACCACCCAACCGAAAUCUCAGAAAAUUCGGAUAUGCCAGCGACAGCGACGUUCGUCGAGCACGAAUCCUUAGAAUCUUCGAAUCCAAUAUCGACUUUUCGAUUAUCAUCGAACGAACCAAUUGAAACACCCCGCCGGGUCAAAAAAAAGACUAGAGAGCCAGAUGAGCCAGAUGUCGACAACAUGAUUAAAAGCUACUUGGAAAAGAAAAAAACGAGGCACGACGAUGUCGACUAUUUAUUUUUAAGCUACGCACAAACGUUCAAAAAAUUAUCGCAGCGGAAACAAGCUAUGCUAAAAGUAGGUUUAGCUAAAUUAUUUUCCGAAGCAGAGAUAAGCGAAAUGUCGUCUACUGAAUAUGUAAACCAAUCACCAGCUUAUUCUGUGAUGUCAUUAAUACCAGACAAUACAAAUUCAGAAGAUUCAUUUAUUCACAAAAAUGUAGAACAGAUAAGUAAUAUGCCACAAGACUUAUCGAAUGCAAUAGUUGGGUUUUCAAUCUCUAAGAGCCUUCCUUUGAAAAAUAUCACCAAUACUAUCUGCAAUUUGGAAAAUGUUGAAACCGAUCAUCAAUCUACCUCUAAAGCGAACAAUGAUAAGACAUCAACUAAGCAACCUGUGCUUGAUGGUGCGAAAAAUCUGCCUUUAUCUGAGAGGAACUCAAAUGAAGCAUCUUGGCUUCAAAAGAAAUUGCACAAGCUCCAACUGUCCAAGAACUCCAUGUCGACAAGGUUGAAAAAGGCUUUGAAAUUAUCCGAAAAUGCAACAUUCCAAAAGGCAGAGGGAGUUGACUCGGAUGAAGAACAAGACGACAUUCCCGAGGAAAACCCUGAGAAGGAAUUUUCCGACACAAAUGACGGAAAUUUUCUAUUAGACUUGGAAAAAGACACAACAACCUAA